AUGGCAGCAACGUUGGUGGUGAUGAGCAUGACGGUUGGCGGUGGUGUUACUUGCAGGUGCAGCGACUUCAAGCUCGUUCACUUGUCCUUGUUCUCCUAUCUCUUUUUCUUCCUCAUCAAUUUCGUGCGCGGUGUCGACAGCCAUUGCGGCUUUCUUCUCCUCGACUUCUUCUCUGUCUUCCUGAUCAAUAUUGUGCACGGCAUUGACGGCCUUCGCAGCUUCUUUCUCCUGGGCUUCUUCUUCGUCAUCUUGCACGGUAUCGACGGCCUUCGCAGCUUGUUCCUCCUCGACUUGCUCUUCUUCACCUUGCGCGGUAUCGACGGCCUUCGCGGCUUGUUCCUCCUCGACUUGCUCUUCGUCAUCUUGCGCGGUAUCGACGGCCUUGGGGAAGGAGCACCUGCAGCAGUCGCUGUUAAGAACCUGUUAUAUUAA